AAAAAAGAAGGGAGAGAAACAUGACCAUGAGAGAGAAGGCGUAUCUUGAAGAUAUCAUUUCUGACAUAGCUCUGGGGCCAAGUACCAAAUAUAGCGGGAGAAAUGAAAGGACGUGUCCCUUUCCUAAGGCUGCCACAGACUGGGUGGCCUGAAACAACAGAAAUGUAUUCUCUUGUAACCCUGGAGGCUGGACUCUGAAAUCAAGGCGUCAGCAAGACCAAGCUCCCCCUGUAGGCUCCCGGGGAAGAAUCAACCCCUUGCUCACCUCCUGCAGCCUCUGGUGACUCGGGCAAUCCUUGCCUGGCGACAGCUUGACUCCCAUCUCUGCUUCUGUCACCACGCCACCUCUUUUGUGUCCUCUCCUCUUCUCGGAAGGAUGACAGUCAUUGGAUUUAGCUCCGCCCCACCCCAGCCCAAUCUAGGAUGAAUUCGUCUCCAGAUCCUUUAACUGAUUACAUCUGCAGAGACACAGCUGUCAAAUAAGGUCAUAUCGGAGGUUCCGGAUAGACAUGAAUUUGAGGGGCACAGCUCUUCAACCUGCUACAGGGGACAGUCUUGAAAAACAAAUUAAGGUAUCAUAGGCAGGUGUAUGGCAAAAAUGAUCGCUAUGAAAAGUAUAAAAGGGCGUAGCGUGAAAAGCAAGCUUCCCGGGGCGCCUGGGUGGCUCAGUGGGUUGAGCGUCUGACUUCAGCUCAGGUCGUGAUCUCACGGUUCCUGGGUUCGAGUCUGUGCUGACAGCGCGGAGCCUGCUUCUGAUUCUCUGUCUCCUUCUCUCUCUGCCCCUCCCUUGAUCGUGGGCUCUCUCUCUCUCUCUCUAACAUAAAUAAACAUUAAAAAAAAAAAAGCAAGCUUCCCUCUCUCAUCCCUGACCUCCAAUCCAAUCAAUGUUACUGGCUUCUUGUCUCUACAAACACAUGUGUCUUUCUCCUACACAAGUUCAAGUGUAGUGUACAGUGUUCCACACCCUGCCUUUGUAUUUACCAGUGUAUGCUGGAGAUCCUUCCCUCUGUUCACAUGGAUUUGCCUCAUUUGGUUUAAUGACUACACACCGUUUCAUCGUUAGAUAAACUCUAGUUUACUCAGCUGAUCCAUUUGGGGUGGUUUUUCGAUUUUCCUUUUUCCUUUUCUUUCCUUUUCUUUCUUUCCUUUAAUUUUUUUAUAUUACAAAUAAUGCUCUGAUGCUUCCUAUUUGUAUCUGCAUGCUAUGCCUGGCUCUUUUCUUUUUUUUUAAUAGACUUUUUUUUUUUUUAAGAGCAGUUUUAAAUUCACAGCAAAAUGGAGGGGAGCCCAAAGAGAUUCCCCUUAUGCCCCCUGGCUCCCCGCACACGCAGAGCCUCCCCCACUAUUAACAUCCCAGACCAGAGUGGUCCACUCCUUGCAGAUGGUGAGCCUACGCUGACACAUCGUUAUCACCCAGAGUCCAUAGUUGGCAUCGGGGUUCACUCUUGGCGUACAUUUUACAGGUUUGGGCAAAUGGAUAAUGACACGUGUCUACCGCUAUAGUAUCUGACAGAAUAGUCUCUGACCUAAAAAUCCUCUGUGCUGCACCCAUUCAUUUCUCCCUCUCCCCAGCCCCUGGCAACCACUGAUCUUUUUACAGUCUCCAGAGUUACGCCUUUUUCCAGAAUGUCAAGUCAUAUGGUGGGAAUCACACAGAAUGUAGCCUUUUCAGACUGGCUCCUUCUGCUUAGUAACAUGCAUUUAAGGCUCCCCUAUGUCUUUUCAUGGCUCGAUAGCUCAUUUCUUUUAGUGCUGAAUAAGACGCCUUUAUCUGACGGGACCACACUUUGUUUAUUCACUACUGAAGGACAUCUUGGUGGUCUCCAAGCUUUGGCAAUUAUGAAUGAAGUUGCUAUAAAUAUCCGUGUGCAUGUCUUUGUGUGGACCUAAGUCUUCAGCUCCUCUGGGUAAAUAUUCAGGAGCGUGAUUGCUGGAUCGUAUGAUCAGAGCAUGUUGAGCUUUGUGAGAAUUUCCCAGAGGUCUUUCAAAGCAUCUUGGCAUUCCCAUGGGCAAUCAGCGAUGGUUGAUAUGGUGGUUGAUAUGAACCACUGAACUUAAUCAGAGCCCCCCAGCUUUACCCCCACUCAUUUGUGUGAGUAUUUAGUUCUAUGCAAUUUUUUCACACGUGUGGAUUUGUGUGGUCAACAUCACAAUUGAGAUACAGAACACGUCUGUGACACGGAUCCCUUGUGCCCACCCCCCUGCCCCUUUAUAGAUACAGCCACCUCCUGGGCCUGCUCUGACUUUGUCCAUUUUAACUUUUUCUGGCUCGCUAUGUUUCAGACAGAUCUCUUGUAAACAGUGUAUAUAGCUGGGCUUUGCCUUCUAAGCCAAUAUAAGGGUGUUCUCAUCUUGAGAGAGGGGUUUUAUCCUGUUUGUGAUUACAUCAUUUUAAUCACGAAAAAUUACUGCUCCUCACUGUUUAUUGGGGUUGGCAUUGUCCUAGCUAUUUCACAGAUAAGGAAAAGGAAACAGAGCAGUGAGUUAAUUUUCUUGAAAUCACAGAACUGGUAAGUGACAGAGGGGGACUUCCCACCCACCCUGCCCUACUGUCACUAUACUAACUAUAGGUGAGUUUCCUCUUCUGGAAGAUUAAAACCAUGUCUCUUCCCAGCCGGACGCCCUGCCCUUCUGAGUAUGGAGAAGAGCAGAGACACUGCUUGGAACUUCACCACAAUGGAGGCCCCUCACAUCUGCCAAGGGACCAGGAUGACAUUCUUCCGUGUGAAGGUGUGCAGCAAGGAGAGGAGGGUCUGUCAGCUGAAGAGAUAACAUUUUUGGAAGAGUUCCCCAUCGUGAAGGAGGAGCUAGAAGCAGGCAUCAGAAAGCUCCACGCCCUUGCAGACCACAUCGACACAACCCACAGAACACUCACCAAAACCAACAUGGCGGCCAACUCCAUGGCGGUGGUCUCAGGAGCCAUGAGCAUCCUGGCUCUAAUCCUUGCUCCAGCAACAGCAGGAGGAAGUCUGAUGUUCUCCGCUGCUGGUAAAGGUCUGGGGACAGCAGCUGGGGUCACCAGCAUCUUGACCAACAUUUUGGGACACUUUCGAAAUCAAGAAGCCCGAGCUCAGGCCAGCAGCCUAGUGCCCACCCGUGGCCACGAGGUCGGGGAGCCCGGGGGGCAGAAGGCAUCUUACCUCAUGGCUGUUGGAAAGAUGGCUUAUGAUUAUGGAAGUGCCAUCAAGGAUAUUAAGAAGGACAUCCGCGCCCUUCAGAUAGCUAGAGCCCACCCCCGUCUGGCCACUGCUGCUAAGCGUCUCCUGACCACUGGCCGAGUCUCGGCCCGAAGGAGCAAGCAGGUGCAAAGGGCCUUUAAAGGCACGACGCUGCUGAUGACGACAAACAUUCGCUUGCUGGGGAGUGCGAUGGCGGGCUUAUCCCUCGGCCAGGACUUGACCGCCCUCCUGAAGGACUGGAAGCGACUGAAGGAAGGAGCAAGGACGAAGUCUGCGGAAGAGCUGAGGGCCCAGACCUGGGAGCUGGAAAGGACGCUGACAGAACUCACCCAGCUCUAUGAGAGCCUGAAGCGGAGGAAACUCUUGCAAGAGGAAAGACCCAAGAGCUCAUCUUCGGGAGGAGCCACGGGGUCUCUGCCCCAGCCCCCAGCCAGGCUUGGGGAAGCAGGAUCCCAGGGGACACAAGAGGACGAGGGCAGGUUGACCCGCCGGGCCUCUGAGCAGAAUUAAAAGGGGCAGGGCAGAGGCGGGCUGGUUGGCAGAAGGGAUGCCUGGAAACUGAGCAACCGGGAGGUCCACCUGGGUCCUGAGGGCGCUGUCGGCUGGUGAGGGUGGCCAGGGCCAUCUGUCCUGCCUCUCCUUUGCCACCCGGCUUCUUCAUUGUCCCCCACUCUUCCCUGGGGAGCCACCUCAUUCCCACUGCUUUGUCAGCACCCCAUUCGCUCAUGGGCACACAGGCUUUCUGCUAAGCGGGGACCGUAAGACAAGGAGGGUCCCUCAGGUGAAGGUCACCUUGGGCUCACCUUGGGCUCACCUUGCGCUCACCAGCUGCCUUGCUCUGCUCUCUUCCUCCCCCUCCCCUGCAGUAAAACCCUGGGUUUGCACACACAGGGAUGUCACCGGAACCUGCCAGACCAGAUUCCAUCAGGAGCCCUCCCUUUCUCCCCAAGUGCUCUGUGCAACUUAGGACCUCUCCAGGCUUCCCCAUUCACCUGUCUCUUCUUCUUUUCUUCUUUUUUAUGUUUUAGCUGCUAUUUUGAAAGCAGUGCAUGGACAUGAGAUACAACUUUUUUUAAAGUUCAGGAAAGUAAAAACCAGGCGUUGGAAACAAUGCAUCAACCAAGGGUGACCACUGUUGGCAGCCGGGUGUGGAAUUUCCUUCCCGUGGUUACUUGCUUUGGGUGUUAAAGUGUAGCCGUCAUGAGACUGCGUGCGGGCGGGGGGCGGGGCUUCCUCCAGGCUGCCGUUACAUAAUAGAUUUUUUUUUUCUGCAACCCACUGAGUGGUCUUGCUCUCAUUCUCAAUUCCUUCAUUUGCCUACAGAUCUAACACUUUCCAUUUUGCUGUUUUCACUUAACGAUAUUUUCCUGCCCUUCUAUAUUUCACUUGGUUUUUAUAGACUUUUUUCGUGUGUUGCACAAUAUUCUCUUGAUUAUAUGUAGUCUUUUAUUUUAUUUUUUUAAUUUUUUUAAUGCUGAUUUAUUUUUGAGACAGAGAGAGACAGAGCAUGAACAGGGGAGGAGCAGAGAGAGAGGGAGACACAGAAUCUGAAACAGGCUCCAGGCUCUGAGCUGUCAACACAGAGCCCGACGCGGGGCUCGAACUCACAGACCGUGAGAUCAUGACCUGAGCCGAAGCCGGAUGCUUAACCGACCAAGCCACCCGGGCGCCUCAUAUGUAGUCUUUUAAAUUAGACAUGUUAGUCAUCACUUUCUGUUUCAAGUGGCCAAAACCAAUGCAAACUGGCCUACCCAAAAAAGGGGAGUUUAUUGACUCAUGUACUUAAAAAGCUUAGGGGUACAGUGGACUUCAGGUGUGUUUGGAUCCAGAGAGUAAAAAUGAUGUCAUCAGGUUCCCAUUUCUUUUUUUUUUUUUUUAUAUGAAAUUUAUUGUCACAUUGGUUUCCAUACAACACCCAGGGCUCCUCCCAACAGGUGCCCUCCUCAACGCCCAUCAUCAGGCUCCCGUUUGUUAGCCAGGCUUCCACCAGGUUGAGGGAAGAGGGCCCACCCCUCCCGGCACCCCCAAACCUCCCAGUGGCCCCCUUCCUUCCAGUUGGGGGCGUCCAAGGGGAAAGGGGCGGAGCAAAGGUGCAGGGACCACUCUGAUUGGUCAGGACUGGGUCCCGUGCCUUUGCCCGUGCUGGUUACUGGUAAGAGUUUAUGGUAAAACAGUAUGGUUACUGAAAAGAGCCGGAAGAAGGAAAGCAGCAAGGGGUCCGGUAGCUGCCCUCCUCUUUCAGGGACGUUUGGACUAAUGGCGAUUUUUUAAACUUAUACAUAGUGGUAAAGUGAAUAUCUGUGUGCCAAAAACUUGUUGCGUUAUUGUUGAGAUUUUUUUUCUCAAAAUUGUGUCCCUGAAUGGGGGUAAAAAGAAGGACCGUAUGAUGGGAAAGGAGGAGACGCCCCACCCCCCAGCCCCCCAUCACAGUAGGGAAAUAGAUCAUGGGAAGUUGAGGAAAGACUUAAAAGAGUGGAGGGGAAAAAGCCACCGUCACCAUUUCAGACCACAGCCUGCCCGUCUGGUUGUCUACACCUCUCACCGUCCAAGCGGCGAAACGGUUGCCAUCCCAUGCCUGGGCCACUGUGCUACCUGCUUCUGUUGUUCUCGUGUCCUUGUUUUAAGUUCUUGGUGAGCAUAGCGAUGACAGAAAAGCCCUCUAAAGGCCUGGUUUGUGCACCCACCCCCACCUGCUCUGUGAAUGAGCCCCUGAAGGAAAACCAUCUCAUCCUUGAGAUAUCAGUCAGUGCUCCUUUCUCUCUUUUGUAAAAAUUUUCUGUCUUUUUUUUUUUUUUUAAUUUUAGAGAGAGGGCACCAGCGGGGGGGGGGGGGGGGAGCGGAGAGCUGAAAGGCAGAGGGCAAGGGAGAGAGAAUCUUAAGCAGGCUCUGUGCUCGGCACAAAGCCAGACCUGGGGCUCCAUCCACAACCCUGGGAUCAUGACCUGAGCCGAAAUCAAGAGUCAGACACUUAACCAACUGAGCGGGGCCACCCAGGUGCCUCCCUGCAUUCCUCUCUGAUAAAACUUGUGAUUCCUGCCUGAAUGCAAAUCCAUAAUCUUUUGAGCUUUUACAAGACAUAAGAAAGUAUAGAACCCUGUAAAAACUGUUUAUUCUCCAGAGCACUUUCUUCCCUGUGAUAAGCAUGUUUCCCUGGGAGCUGUCCUCACUUGGGCUCGAAUAAAACUCUUUCUUACUUCUAGAGAUUCCACAAAGGUUGCUCAUUGUGCGUCAACAAUCAGUAAAUAGACAGCUUUCUCCACAUUUAAUACUGUUGGCUUAGUGUAUGUGUCCUUAAAGUUCCAAAUAAACGCUAUCAGUAAUGAUA